AUGCUGGAGGAGCCCCGGCCGCGGCCUCCGCCCUUGGGCCUCGCGGGUCUCCUGUUUCUGGCUUUUUGCAGUCGGGCUCUAAGUAAUGAGAUUCUGGGCCUGAAGUUGCCGGGCGAGCCGCCGCUGACGGCCAACACCGUGUGCUUGACGCUGUCCGGCCUGAGCAAGCGGCAGCUAGGCCUGUGCCUGCGCAGCCCCGACGUGACGGCGUCCGCGCUGCAGGGUCUGCACAUCGCGGUCCACGAGUGUCAGCACCAGCUGCGCGACCAGCGCUGGAACUGCUCUGCGCUCGAGGGCGGCGGCCGCCUGCCGCACCACAGCGCCAUCCUCAAGCGCGGUUUCCGUGAGAGUGCUUUUUCCUUCUCCAUGCUGGCUGCUGGGGUCAUGCACGCGGUAGCCACAGCCUGCAGCCUGGGCAAGCUGGUGAGCUGCGGCUGUGGCUGGAAGGGCAGUGGAGAGCAGGACCGGCUGAGGGCCAAACUGCUGCAGCUGCAGGCAUUGUCCCGGGGCAAGAGUUUUCCCCACUCCCUGACCAGCUCUGGCCCUGGCGCAGGUCCCAGCCCUGGCCCCCAGGACACAUGGGAAUGGGGUGGCUGUAACCAUGACAUGGACUUUGGAGAGAAGUUCUCUCGAGAUUUCUUGGAUUCCAGGGAAGCUCCCCGGGACAUCCAGGCACGAAUGCGAAUCCACAACAACAGGGUGGGGCGCCAGGUGGUAACAGAAAACCUGAAGCGGAAAUGCAAGUGCCAUGGCACAUCAGGCAGCUGCCAGUUCAAGACAUGCUGGAGGGCAGCCCCAGAGUUCCGGGCAGUGGGGGCAGCUUUGAGAGAGCGGCUGGGCCGGGCCAUCUUCAUCGAUACCCAUAACCGCAAUUCUGGAGCCUUCCAACCCCGCCUGCGUCCCCGUCGCCUCACAGGAGAGCUUGUCUACUUUGAGAAGUCUCCUGACUUCUGUGAGCGAGACCCCACAGUGGGCUCCCCAGGAACAAGGGGCCGGGCCUGCAACAAGACUAGCCGCCUGUUGGAUGGCUGUGGCAGCCUGUGCUGUGGCCGCGGCCACAAUGUGCUCCGGCAGACACGAGUAGAACGCUGUCAUUGCCGCUUCCACUGGUGCUGCUAUGUGCUGUGUGAUGAGUGCAAGGUCACAGAGUGGGUCAAUGUGUGUAAGUGA